AUGACCGUGGCCAACACAACCAUUUUCCUCCUCUUCACUCUUUUACUCUCCGUGUUCACUCUCUCCCACAAGUUACCUUUGUUUUCAGUCUCUGCUCAAACAUUGAAUGCUUUCUCUUCUACAGACAAAACUAAAAUUGUGGAACGACAUAAUUUGGUGAGAUUUAGUCCUUCACUUUCUCCACCUGCUGCGAAUAUGAAGUCAAUCAGUUGGGAUGAUCAAUUGGCUCAGAUAGCCGCAAACUAUGUCGAUAAUUGUCUAUUUGAGCACAAUCCAAAUUUGGGUACUAUUUACUCAGGUGGAGCAUUGGGAGAGAAUAUUUACAUGGCCACUGGAUCGUCUGUGAAUAUUGGCAACUCCAGUGUUGAUUCUUGGGCGAGUGAGAAACAAUACUUUACAUAUCCAACCACAUGUCAAACAGGAAAAGUAUGUGGCCAUUACACUCAAUUGAUUUGGGCCAACAGUGUUAAGGUUGGAUGUGCAAAGAAAACAUGCAGUACUGUUCCCAACUAUCCAAAUUUUAAUGGUGCCACUAUUGUGGUGUGUGAUUAUUUUCCUGCAGGAAAUUAUAAUGGUCAGAGUCCAUAUAUUGCUGGAACGGCUCCACAACCAUCACCAAAACCCAUUACGAGCACAAACCCAAAAACAAAUUCCUCCUCAAUCAUUCGUCCCUACUCUCACCAUACAGUCAUAUUUUGGACGCUUGUGGUUACAGUUUGUUCUUUCCUAAUGAUGACAAUGUACAACUCCAAUUGA